GGGGUUUUUUUUUAAGCCUUCCAAGGGAUCAUGGUGCUGGACUGGGGUUAAGACCCAGUGAAAAGGACACUGCAACAAGUCAAAUGUUGGAUGGAUAGGAGAGGAAGAGGAAGAAAGUAGAUGUACCUGGUUUCUGAUUUGGGGGGACCCUUGGGAAUGGGGGGUUCAGAGGAGGAGCUCAGGAGAAUGAGGCAGAACCUAGUUUGCGCCAGAUGGCUGGUAGGUUGCUCAGAUGAUGACGGGCUAGGUUUGUCCUGAAGAUGCUUGCCGCCCCACCAGGUCCAGCUGCCACCUCAAGUCCCCAGUCCAGGCCAGCCCUCUUUCUGGUGCUGUGACUGUCACUCACAGAGGGCUAGCAGGUUUUCAAGGGAGCUGGGCUCCUCAGGAUUCUAAACCAUCUGGGUGCUCCCUUGGUGCGUGUCAGUGAUGCCUGCCCUGACCACCCCCAGGACACGAGGACAUGCCAGCCCAGUUCCUACUUCGUUUUGGGUCCAAGUGUGUCUGGGCUUGGGGCUUGUCAUUUAUUUAGAUUCCAGUGAAACUUGGCUGGGAUCUUAGUUAAUCUGGGCGAUGUCUCUAGAAAGGUGCCACAGGGCUCCGGCUUAGAUACGGACGAGGUUGCAGGGAGCCCCAGAGUCACGAGCCAUCAGAUUCUCACCUACUGGAACAAGGAUCAGAACAAAUGAAGACAUUAAGCAAAAAAAGUCCUUCCCUUGAGCCUAAAAUCCAACCAAGUAGACAGGGGUAGGUAAGGGCUUGGGACUUUUCUGGCCAGGAAGUGCUGUAUGAUCACUUAUACUGAUCUCUGGUUGCAUUAAUGAAGGUAGACCUCAUAAAAAGAGGGAGGGGAUGGGUCAGCUCUUUGGUACCGCUUAGACCACCAUCAACAACAGAUUGAGUUUAUAUCAUGUACCGCAGAAGAAGAGAGAGGCUGAUCCAAACAAGUCUGGGGCAGGGGUUGCAACUUAAUUUAGGGUCCCAGGAGGGAUGUGAGGGGAAGGGAAUGGUCAGCUUGAGGAGGAGAACCCAGGGAAGGUGUGGAUGCUGCCGUCAGAUCUCUGGCAAGUCCAGCCAAGGGAAAGGGCACCAACAGGUUCUUCAUGGCUUAGGGCCACAAGAAAGGGACAGUUGGGGCAGCCCAAGGUAGGCAGAGCUGCCUGGGGAAGCCUCGUGAGCUCACCGUCACAGGAGGUAUGCAAGCUGAGGCCAAGGUGGCUUUUCAUUGUGUGGCUGUGGUUCCAGUCGAGAUGUGAACAGUGUGUGGGGAACCAGAGGAGCGAGAUACUGACCUGGGGGAGGCUUCUGGAAGGAGGUGGCAUCGAAGGAUGGCAGGAAUGUCUGCUUCGUGGAAUCAGCAUUCCAGGCGGAGGGAAUUGCACUGGGGCAGGGGAAGACGGCGGGUGGGUUGUGGAGGCAGGGAGGUGGUUUAGGUGGGGUGACCCAGGGUCCGGUUUCAAGCUGCACCAGCGAGGUGGCGAGGGGCAGUGGGUACGAAGUCCUGUGGAGGAGGAAGUGCCAGGACGUGGUAAGGAAGGGGUCCCCACGGAGAAUCCCCUCCAGGUUUUGCUUGGAGUCACCACUGCUGUGACCCGGGCUGCGAAUUCAGGCCCUCAGUCCUCCGAGCGGCUUUGGGGCCAAUCCGAGUGCCAUCUUCGGGGAGUAGCCCAGCCUGGGAGCCCCAGUCAGGCCCUGGCCCCUGGUGUCCCCUUCCUCAGCUCUGCGCUCAUGGCCUGGGGGCCGGGCGGAGAGUGUGAGCGGCCUUCCUGCCAACCCUGUGUGGGAGAAACUCCCCGACUCCAGCUGUCAGAUUUCUGGGGAGGCCCAGGAGGGGGCAGGUCGGAGCUGCUGGAUGCUGGAGAAGAUCCCUCCUUGUUUGACGGACGGGCGGGCAAGCCGGGGCCCAGGCCGAGCAGCGGCCCAGAUCCCAGGGGUCUCUGGAAACGGUGAUGCCCUUGUCUUUGGUCCUCACUGGUCAUUACUGUUCUUGGGAGAGGUCCUGGAACAUUCUCCUUCUGUCCUGUCCUGUCCAUCCCUCUGCUUCUCUAGAUGCCAGGAAAGACAGACAGGGCAGGCCGCUGAAGGGCAGGAGUUCUUCUGGGGCCACCUCCCAACCUAGCAGGCUGCCCCGGAGGGGGACCUGGGCUCCUCCAGACUGCACUCUGCCUCGGUUUCCCUAAGGAGUGCUCCUCUAGCUUAGGUCCUGCUCCUGGCAGGGUUCAAAAGUGUGGAAACGGCUUCUAGAUUCUCUUUGUCUAUAGGUGGGCUUGGCUGGGGGAGGGGGCCACCUGGUAGCAGCCACAGGCACUUGUGGGAGCAAGGAUUUAUUUUAGCUGCUGGGGGAGGAGGUGUGAUCUCCUGAUGAGGGGGCCUGUGAGAGCCGCCUCUGCCUCCGUAAAGCUCCCAGCCAACCCCUCUGCUGUCUGGUCCCUCUCUGGGGGGGCAGUGGGACCCCGAGAGCCCCAGGGGCACAGCCCUUUACGGAACAUGCGGUGCCUUCCCACCUUCCUCAACCUGCUGUCCCUGCGGCCAGGCGUCCCUGUCCCCACCGCACACAGGAGCAAACAGACUCAGAGGGCACGUCCCUCAGCCAGUCCCUGUCUGUGCUGGGCGCAGAACCUGGGUCCCUCCGCAGCAGGCCAGCUGGGCCCAGCCUCUGGGUCCCCCAGCUUCCCCAUCCCUCAACCGCUGCCUGGUCCUUGACCUGGACCCUGACACAAGAGAGACCAAGGUGAACCGGUGCUGAGCCUGCUCGCACCUCCUCCCAUGGGUGCCGGGACCCGAAGGGCUGUGAUCAAGCCUGAUAACCCCAGCGCGAGGGGGCCCCUGGCCUUGGCCGUGGAGAGGGACUUGCGCUCGCCAGCAGAGCGGGCUGCCCCUGGCGAUUCGGAAGCGUGUGAGGCGGACAGGGGCGAGCGCGGCCGGCACACUGGGAGUCACAGGUGUGAUUACUCAGCCCCAUUGUGGGUGGCUUUUGUCGGGCCUCUCCCAGGGUGGCAGGGUGGGGCCUAGGGCAGGCCCCGAGCCAAGCGGCAGGACUGGCCUCGCAGGCUGGAGGGGCCCAGC